AUGAAGGACAAGUCAAGUCCAGUAAUUUCCGACGAUGAUCCUGUUGUUGGACCAAGACAACAACAACAACAAACAUUAGAUGAUAAUACAACGAAUGGAAUAAUACAUAUUGACAAGGAGAAGAUUGUUAAUGAGGAUGCGGAGGAAGAUGAUGAUGAGGAGAAGAAUAAGGAAGGUCGUUCAUCUACAUAUUUGCCAGAGUCCUAUGCGGCAUUAGACUUUUCCUCACCAUUAGAGUUCAAUCCAGUAUUUAUUGUCAGUUCGAGAUGGACACAUAUGUUGAAUGGCGUAUCUGUUCGAGAAUACAUGCUCUACAAGUCUUCAAAAGAGUAUCAUUCACAUAAUAGUGCAGCAGUCCGUACUCCAUCACCUGAGAAGAUGGUCGUGCUCAGUGUAGACACUCAAAUACUAGACUGUCAAUCUAUAUUCAAUAGCAAUAAUAUACUCUCUGCACCUGUUGUAGAGUGUGAGGGUCCAAAAGAGAGUAGUAACAAUAGCAACAGCAACAAUAGUGGCAGUGGCAGUGGCAGUGGUAGUAGCAAUGGCGAUGAAAAGGAUCAGUCCAAACAAAUGGCAAGAGAGAGCGAGAGUAAAUAUGGUAUAAGGGGCAUGGUCGACAUGCUUGACCUCCUCGAACUAGUGAUCUCAAUCACCCAGCGACAAAGACAGAUGUCACCAUCCAACUUCCAGCAUCAUCCCAACAUGCUAAUCAAUGGUCGCAAGAGUCCUCAAUCACUAUAUCAACAAUCAAUCAAACAAGCAUUAAGUAUGUGA